AUGCUGCCGCGGAAAAAGAUGCCCCAUCUGUGCCCGGUUGCUGAGGAGUCCAUCACGGUGCAGAAGGUCUGUGACGUGCUGUGCCAAGCACACCUCUACGAGGCCUCCGUUGGUCGGACCGACCAUGAACGACCGCAGCGCCGCAGCGUCGGUCGAAGACACGCCGCGGAGAUGGGGGUAUCAGAAAACCGUGCGACUCCGGCCCUUGACGCCUUUGAGGGAAAAGGGGACGGGGCCACUUGGCUCUUGGUGCGGGAGGCGGAUGGAUCCGGCUGCCAUAUCUCCCUCUACGAUUUGGACCCACAGGCUGUUCAGGUCUUGUGGGACUUCCGUGCCUUCCUUCUGGAAGCAUAUGGUGACAUCAUGACGGCGUGGCACCAAGGGUUGGAUCCCAAGAAGCGUGGAAAGAUCGAGGAGGAGGACUUUGCCAAGCGCUUGAAAGACAUGGGGUACGAGGAUGAUGUCAAGAAGCUUUGGCAGCUUCUUCUAGCGGAGCCGCAUCGAAAAUAUAUCGUCCUCCGCGACAUCGACGCCAAGGCUGCAGAUGCCUUCUUCCGGGGAGAUGACAAGGCAUUGACCCUUUAUGGCACUAAAAGUGGUCCUCGGGCAUCUCCAAGCAAGUGGACAGGAAAGCUGCUCAGCCCAAAGAACGACGAAGAAGAGGGUGAGGAGGCGGCCGCUCGCGGGUCCAGCAGCAAGGAUCCCAAUACUCCGAAGAGCCUGCAGCUGCCGGGGACACCUUCCAAGAGGCCGAACUCCUCGCAGUCGGUGAGCUCGCGUGCUCCCUCCAACCAGUCGGUGGCACGGUCCCAUGCGGGGGACGACGAGGCGGGUCCACGGCGGUGUGGCGGAGCCGUGGGGUCGGAGGAGCUCGGGGCUCGCAAGCGUCAGGGCGCGGAGAUGCGGCUGAGACAGGAAAUGGAUCUGCAAGUAGGGCCCAAGUGCUUGGAUGACUACCGCAGACAACUGGUCAAUGGAUGUGGUAGUCUGGCUGCCGCAUGGAGAUACCGGAUGGAUACGGAAUGCACCGGGCGCAUGUCCUUCAUGCAGUUCGUCAUGGCCAUCGACCGCACCGGGGGGUAUUCGGGCAGCGUGAAGCAGCUUUGGGCCGAGAUCUCCGGUGAGAGAGAUGAAGCAACCUUUCAGGACCUUGAUCCCGAUGGAUUCGAGCUCUUGCAGGUGGACUGGGUAGCAGCUCUGCAUAGCUCUGCCGCCCGGGGCAUUCGCAUUUGCUCUGUCGGGCAGUACGACUUCGAGACCACGUGGGGAGGCAUUCCGGAAACGAAUGGUGAGGCCUUUGGAAUGUGGAUUGUGGAUAACUACGAGAACUUCCCAGGUUUCUGGAAAACCAUCGAGAAGUACAAUGAUGAGCAGCUAGAUGAGGAAGAUUUUGUGGGCAGAUGCCUUGAGACUGGCCUGGAGGGUAUCUCAAAGCGAGAAAUGAAGAGGAUCUUCAAGAUGCUUCUGCCAGAGCCCAGCACUGGUCGAACCAAGCUCAUUCAACCUGACUUGCAGGCGCUCUGCGUUGGCUUGCAUAAUGAUCUUAAGGUCUCGAUCAAAACCACAAGCUCUGAGAAGACGGACAGGGAAGAGGACUGGGACGGAUGGGCGCGCGUGGACUCGCGGCAGGAGUCGAUGGCGUCCCCCAGCUCCUCGCCCAAGUCGCCGCUCCGCCCGCCCUCGCCGGCGUCCCCGCAGUCGCCGGCCACGCCACGGUCGCCGUCGCGGGUGAAGUGUUCCCCGGAGCUGCCGGUGAUCUCCGUGCAGGAAUUUCGCAGAACGCUCAAGAGGCUUUAUGGCAGUGUGCAUGCUGGCUGGGUGAAGUAUUUGGACGUCACAGAGGUUGGACGCGUGCCCAAAGGGGAGUUCGUGAAUCGAGCCCGGGCCAUCGGUGUGACAGGCACCCCGGAGAGCAGUUGA